AUGAAGAAUAAUCCGAGCUAUAGCGCCUACGGGGAUCCAACAACACAUUGGCUGACCGAAGGUUAUGUGGAGUACAAUCAUCAGGCACAAUGUCGCUACGAGCUGCCAAUUAAUAUGCAAAACUAUGGCGAUGAAGACAACUGCAACAAAAGUAAUACAAGCUGCAUCAAUAACAUUUUUAAUGAUUGGAAUAUUAUGCAGCAGCAACCUAGUAGCUCGACAUUUGCUUCCUCCGCUCAAGCAGAGAUUUCAUGCCGCAGUGGCUCCUCCAAUCGCAAAGAACGCACUGCAUUCACCAAAUCCCAGCUGAAAGAGCUGGAAGCCGAAUUCUGUUAUUCCAACUACUUAACGCGAUUGCGUCGCUACGAGAUUGCCGUCGCGCUGGAGCUGAGCGAGCGGCAAGUGAAAGUUUGGUUUCAGAAUAGGCGCAUGAAAUGCAAACGCAUCAAACUGGAAGCAAAAGCGGCCGCUGAUAUGGUAAACGAUUAG